AUGGGUCUUAACUUGCAGGAAAUAUAUGGCAAUGAUAUAAGUGAAGCCGAAGCUCCUCAUGAGUAUUCGGAGUACCAGCCAAAGAAAGGUUAUGGCUGGGCAAAUACUCUGCCAGAGCGACAGGGUCUUUAUGACCCCGAAUAUGAAAAGGAUGCGUGUGGUGUUGGAUUCGCAGCCCACAUCAAGGGCAAGCCGAGCCACAAGAUUGUGAGCGAUGCCCGCAAUCUAUUGUGCAACAUGACCCAUCGUGGAGCGGUUGGCUCAGAUGCGCGAGAUGGUGACGGUGCUGGUGUGAUGACCAGUAUCCCACAUAAGUUUUUUAUUAAGAAUUUUGCUCGUGAGGUGGGUGUAGACCUCCCACCACUAGGCCAGUAUGCUGUCGGCAACUUGUUCUUCAAGCCCGAUGAAGAUACUCUUAAGCAAUCCAUCGCUAGCUUCGAGGAAUUGGCCACCUCCCUCGGCCUACGAGUCCUGGGAUGGCGCGAGGUGCCUCAUGACUCCACAAUUCUUGGACCGGCUGCAUUAUCAAGGGAGCCUACUAUUAUGCAACCCUUUGUUGUGCUGAAAUCCGCCUAUGGCGAGGGCAACAAGCCCGAGAUUACUGACACUGAAAAGUUCGAUGCGCGGACGUUUGAACUUCAACUCUAUGUUCUACGGAAACGUGCCACCCACGUUAUUGGGAUGGGUAACUGGUUCUACCUGUGCUCUCUCAGUAACCGUAAUAUCGUUUACAAGGGUCAGCUAUCCCCUGUGCAGGUGUAUCAAUACUACCAUGAUCUUGUCAAUGUUGACUACGAGGGUCACUUUGCCCUGGUUCAUUCGCGUUUCUCGACAAAUACAUUCCCUUCUUGGGACCGUGCGCAACCCUUGCGAUGGGCUGCUCACAAUGGUGAAAUUAACACAUUGCGCGGAAAUAAGAACUGGAUGCGUGCACGUGAAGGAGUGCUUCGAUCGGAAGUCUUCGGCGAUGAGUUAGACCAGUUGUACCCCAUUGUUGAGGAAGGUGGAUCCGACUCGGCUGCCUUCGAUAAUGUCCUGGAGUUGCUUAUGAUUAACGGUGUCUUGUCUCUGCCAGAGGCUGUCAUGAUUAUGAUUCCCGAGGCCUGGCAAGACAACCCAGCUAUGGAUCCGGCCAAGUCUGCUUUCUACGAAUGGGCAGCUUGUCAGAUGGAACCCUGGGACGGCCCCGCCUUGUUUACCUUCUCUGAUGGUCGUUACUGUGGUGCUAACCUUGACCGUAAUGGUCUGCGUCCAUGUCGUUUCUAUGUGAUGGAUGACGACCGCAUUGUUUGUGCCUCAGAAGUCGGCGCUAUCGAUAUUGACCCCGAGCGUGUGGUCCAAAAGGGUCGUCUACAGCCCGGAAAGAUGCUUCUCGUCGAUACGGUGGCUGGACGCAUUAUAGAUGACUCUGAAUUGAAGCAGACUGUUGCUCAACGUCAGGACUUUGCCAGCUGGCUGGACAAAGAGCUCCUGAAGUUGCCUGCUAUAAAAAAGCUACUACUGGAUCAGAAUGUUGAUCUUUCAUUUGCUCUUGAUGAUAACACAGUGCAGAAUGAUCCCCGCCUUCGAGCAUUUGGCUACUCAUUCGAGCAAGUCAGUCUGCUCCUUGGCCCCAUGGGUGCGGAUUCUAAGGAAGCCCUUGGCUCUAUGGGCAACGAUGCUCCCUUGGCUUGCAUUGCUCAACAACCUCGUCUUCUUUACGAGUAUUUCCGCCAACUCUUCGCCCAGGUUACCAAUCCUCCAAUCGAUCCCAUCCGAGAAGCCGUGGUCAUGUCUCUUGAGUGCUACGUUGGCCCGCAGGGUAACUUGCUAGAAAUGGAUCCAUCCCAGUGCCACCGUUUGCUUCUACCAUCUCCUAUUCUGAGCAUUCCCGAGUUCAACGCCUUGAAGAACAUUACUCACGCCCAUAGAGAUUGGACUGUCCGUACAAUCGACAUCACUUUUGAAAAAAUCAAGGGCACCGCCGGCUAUCUUGAAACAUUAGAUGCAAUUUGCGAUGCUACAACGGAGGCUAUUCAAAGUGGUGACAAAAUUAUUGUUCUUUCUGACCGCGCUACCAGCGCUGACCGUGUGCCUAUUUCGGCAUUGCUGGCCACCGGUCUGGUACACCACCACUUGGUCCGCAACAAGUGGCGCUCAUUCGCUGCUCUAGUUGUUGAAACUGCCGAGGCUCGUGAAGUUCACCACCACUGUGUCCUCCUUGGAUACGGUGCUGAUGCUAUUAACCCGUACCUUGCCAUGGAGUGCAUCCUUAAGAUGAACCGCGAGAACCUGAUUAGAAAGGAUCUCCCUGACGAGAAGGUCAUUGAAAACUACAAGGCCUCUUGUGAUGGUGGUAUUCUCAAGGUCAUGAGUAAGAUGGGUAUCUCCACUCUUCAGUCCUACAAGGGUGCUCAGAUCUUUGAGGCCCUCGGUAUCGAUGACAGCGUGAUCGAUCGUUGCUUUGCUGGUACCGCCAGUCGCAUCCGUGGUAUCACCUUUGACCUGAUCGCCCAAGAUGCCUUUGCUUUCCAUGAGCGUGGGUACCCGUCUCGCGACAUUGUUGAGAUUCCCGGUCUCCCUGAGUCGGGUGAAUACCACUGGCGUGACGGUGGCGAGGCUCAUGUCAACGACCCAGUCAGCAUCGCUAAUAUGCAAGAUGCCGUUCGCAACAAGAACGAUAAGUCUUACGAGGCUUAUGCCAAGGCUGAACACGAGCAGAUCAAGAAUUGUACUCUACGUGGUAUGCUCGAAUUCGACUUUGAGCAGCGUGCACCAAUUCCUAUUGACCAGGUUGAGCCUUGGACCGAGAUUGUACGCCGUUUCGUGACUGGUGCUAUGUCUUACGGAUCCAUUUCCAUGGAGUCCCACUCGACUAUUGCUAUUGCCAUGAACCGCUUGGGUGGUAAGUCCAACACUGGUGAAGGUGGUGAAGAUGCUGAGCGCAGUAACCGUAUGGAGAAUGGCGACACUAUGCGUUCUGCCAUUAAGCAGAUUGCCUCUGGACGUUUUGGUGUGACUUCGAACUACCUGGCAGACGCCGAUGAGCUGCAAAUCAAGAUGGCCCAGGGUGCCAAGCCCGGUGAGGGUGGUGAGCUGCCUGGUCAUAAAGUCCUCGGUCCUAUCGCUCGCACUCGUCACUCUACCCCGGGUGUCGGUCUGAUCUCUCCUCCUCCGCACCACGACAUCUACUCAAUUGAGGAUCUGAAGCAGCUCAUUUACGAUCUGAAGUGCUCUAACCCACGUGCUCGUGUCUCAGUCAAGCUUGUGUCUGAAGUUGGUGUUGGCAUCGUUGCUUCCGGUGUCGCCAAGGCGAAGGCGGAUCACAUCUUGAUUUCUGGUCAUGACGGUGGUACCGGUGCCUCGCGCUGGACUGGUAUCAAGUAUGCUGGUCUUCCCUGGGAGUUGGGUCUUGCAGAGACCCACCAGACGCUUGUCCUAAACGAUCUUCGUGGUCGUGUUGUGGUUCAGACUGACGGUCAGAUUCGCACUGGUCGUGAUCUUGCUAUUGCCUGUCUCCUCGGUGCCGAAGAGUUUGGUUUCGCAACAACUCCAUUGAUUGCUAUGGGUUGUAUCAUGAUGAGAAAGUGCCACCUCAACACUUGCCCUGUUGGCAUUGCUACCCAGGAUCCUGAACUUCGCAAGAAGUUCAAGGGUACCCCGGAGAAUGUUAUCAACUUCUUCUUCUAUGUCGCUAAUGAGAUGCGAGCUAUCAUGGCUAAGCUUGGUGUUCGUACUAUCAACGAAAUGGUUGGCCGGGCCGAGCUGCUCAAGGUUCGAGAUGAUAUUCGCAACCAGAAGCAGGAACGUGUGGACCUAUCGCUCAUCCUCACCCCUGCACACUCGCUCCGCCCAGGUGUUGCUACCUACAACGUUCGGAAGCAGGACCAUCGCCUUCACACUCGUCUUGAUAACAAGUUGAUUGCCGAAUCCGAGCUUGCUCUGGAGAAGGGUCUUCCUUGUCGCAUCGAGUGCGAUGUCGUUAACACUGAUCGUGCUAUGGGUGCUACAUUGUCAUACCAGAUUAGUCGACGCUACGGCGAGGAAGGGCUUCCUCAAGACACUAUUCAUGCCAACAUCAAGGGCUCUGCUGGUCAAUCAUUCGGCGCCUUCCUCGCCCCUGGUGUCACUCUGGAGCUUGAAGGUGAUGCCAAUGACUAUGUUGGCAAGGGUCUUUCUGGUGGUCGUCUCAUUGUCUAUCCUCCUCGAGGUGCUGCUUUCAGGGCCGAGGAGAACGUUAUUGUGGGUAACACCUGUUUGUAUGGUGCUACUCGUGGUACUGUCUACUUCCGCGGUGUUGCCGCCGAACGAUUCGCUGUCCGCAACUCAGGUGCCACUGCUAUUGUUGAGGGCGUUGGUGACCACGGUUGUGAGUACAUGACUGGUGGCCGUGUCCUCAUUUUAGGCUCUACUGGUCGUAACUUUGCUGCCGGUAUGUCCGGUGGUAUUGCUUAUGUCCUAGACAUGAAGCGGGACUUCCACUCUAAGGUCAACUUGGAAAUGGUUGAAGUCUCUGGCAUCGAGGACCCCUCGGAGAUUGCAUUCGUUCGCGGUUUGAUUGAGGACCACCACCACUACACUGGAUCCGAGCUUGCUGCUCGCAUUCUUCUUGACUUUAACCGUGCCCUUCCCCAUUUCAUCAAGGUUUUGCCAACUGACUACAAACGUGUCAUGGAAGAAGAGGCUGCCAAGGCAGAGGCUGCUAAGAAGGCCGAGUUCUCUCUUCCUCAGCUUCCCAGCACUUCCGUUGGAAGCGAGAAAGCCAAGGCUAAGACCGAUGAGAAGAAGGCCGAGUUGUUGGACAUUGAGGAUAGCAUUAGUGACUCCAAGACCGAGAAGAAGCGCUCUGCGCUGAUCUUGGAUAAGACCCGCGGUUUCAUGAAGUAUAGCCGUCGCAGCGAGAAAUACCGCAACCCGACCACUCGUACUCGUGAUUGGGGUGAGAUAUCCAACCGUCUCAGUGAGGACGAGCUCAAAUACCAGUCGGCUCGUUGUAUGGACUGCGGUGUUCCCUUCUGUCAAUCUGACACCGGUUGUCCCAUUUCCAACAUUAUUCCCAAGUGGAACGAAUUGGUCUUUCAGAAUCAAUGGCAAGAUGCGCUUAACCGCUUGCUCAUGACCAACAACUUCCCUGAGUUCACUGGUCGUGUAUGCCCUGCGCCUUGCGAGGGCGCCUGUGUUUUGGGAAUCAACGAGGACCCUGUUGGCAUCAAGUCCAUCGAGUGUGCCAUCAUUGACCGUGGUUUCGAGAUGGGCUGGAUGAUUCCUUGUCCUCCUCAGACCCGCACUGGCAAAACUAUUUCCAUCAUUGGAUCUGGCCCUGCCGGUCUUGCCGCCGCUGACCAGCUGAACCGCGCCGGUCACUCUGUUACCGUCUAUGAGCGUGCUGACCGCUUUGGUGGUCUUCUCAUGUACGGUAUUCCAAACAUGAAGCUUGACAAGAAGGUUGUCCAGCGCCGCGUGGAUCUGAUGGCCGCAGAGGGCGUCAAGUUCGUGGCUGGUACAGCCGUUGGGCCUGACAGUGAUGUGACACUACAGUCUCUACGUGCCACCAGUGAUUCUGUUAUCAUUGCCACUGGUGCUACUGUUGCUCGUGAUCUAAAGGUUCCCGGACGUGAGCUCGAUGGUGUCCACUAUGCUAUGCAAUUCCUCCACAAGAACACCAAGUCUCUCCUCGACUCCGAUCUUUCUGAUGGCGAGUACAUUUCUGCCAAAGACAAGCACGUCGUCGUCAUUGGCGGUGGUGACACUGGUAACGACUGCAUUGGUACCUCUGUUCGUCAUGGUGCUAAGUCGGUCACCAACUUUGAGCUGUUGCCCCAGCCUCCUCCGGAGCGUGCCAACGACAACCCAUGGCCUCAGUGGCCCCGUAUCUACCGUGUCGAUUACGGACACUCAGAGGUCAAGACUCACAUGGGCAAGGAUCCUCGUGAGUACUGUGUCAUGUCUACUGAAUUUGUGGACGAUGGCAGUGGUCGCGUCCGUGGUAUCAACACCGUUCGUGUUGAAUGGACCAAGAGUGCUACUGGCGGCUGGGAUAUGAAGACUGUGGAAGGCAGCGAGCAAUUCUUCCCCGCUGACCUUGUUCUCCUGUCCAUGGGCUUCUUGGGUCCCGAGGACCGCCUCCUUGGUGAUGAGAUUUCUCGUGACCCUCGCAAGAACGUCAAGACACCCCCUGGUCACUACUCGACCAACAUCCCUGGUGUCUACGCCGCCGGUGAUUGUCGCCGUGGACAAUCUUUGAUCGUCUGGGGUAUUAAUGAAGGUCGCCAAUGUGCUAGAGAAGUUGAUGCUUUCCUGAGUGGUGUCAGCUCACACCUCCCUGUCACCGGUGGCAUUGUCCGCCGACCAGCUAUCGACUCUGUCCCUCAGCCCGCUGAGACACAAGUCGUUGCUUAA